GGCGUUCUGAUGAUUAAAAACUCACAACGCCUUCCUGUUAGCCAAGAUGGCGGCGGGUCACGUUUUAAUUCCUCCACCGUCGCUCUCAGCUAAAUUCGAAGGAUCUUUUGCAUAUCUGACGGUAAGAGACAGGCUUCCCACCAUCCUGACCAAAGUCAUCGAUACCAUUCAUCGAAACAAGAACAACUUCUUCGAGAAACAUGGAGAGGUGGGCGUGGAGGCAGAGAAGAGAGCCAUCUCCUUCCUGUCCAAGCUGAGGAACGAGAUGCAGACGGACAAACCCGUGCUGCUCCUGACCGACUCUGCAUCCGACACGGAAGAGUGGAACCGGUAUAUGCAGAGACAACAGGACCUGAUGGAGGACGGGCAGCCGGUCAGCUGGUUUAAGUCACCCUGGCUCUAUGUGGAGUGCUACAUGUACAGGAAGAUCCAGGAGGCCUUGGCGCACAGUCCUCCAAUCAGUGAUUUCGACGCCUUUAAGGAAGCAAAGACGGAAAGCUUCUUCGAGUCCCAGCAGGCAGUCGUGUCGCUCUGUACGUACCUGCGAGAUGUCCUCAGCACCGCAGACACCACGGACAAGAAUUGUCUCCAUGACCAUUUCCUCAGGUUAUUACAGGUGUCCCUGUGGGGAAACAGGUGUGAUUUAUCCAUCUCAUGCGGCCAGGAAAACUCUCAGAAGUGCAACCCGAUGGAUUCUCUGCACGAUCUUCGGCGCUUCAUCCUAGUGGAUGAUUCGGCUCGCGUUUGGUCCGUGUUGACGGCCUUACACGGGACGGAGACGCCAGGGGUCAGAGUGGACAUUGUUCUAGAUAACGCCGGCUUCGAGCUCGUCACAGAUCUGAUACUCGCAGACUUCAUGGUCUCCGUCGGCUUGGCGAAGGAAGUGCGCUUCCACGGCAAGUCCAUCCCGUGGUUCAUCUCCGACGUCACCAAGCAGGAUUUCGAUUGGACCCUAUCGCAAACGGCGGCGUCCAAUCACAGGCACAUGUCGUCCUGCGGUGUCCAGUGGAAGCGGCACUUGAAAGACGGAGCGUGGUCGUAUCACGACCAUCGCUUCUGGACUUUACCGCACGAGUACUGCGACAUGCCGGCGGACGCCCCGGAUCUCUACUCCGCUCUACAGGGGUCCGACCUGAUCCUGUUUAAAGGAGACCUGAACUACCGCCGGCUGACAGGAGACAGGAUGUGGGAGCACACUGCACCCUUCGAGCGAGCGCUCCGGGGCUUCCUGCCUGCUCCGCUGUGCAGCGUCAGGACCCUGAAGGCCAACGUGCAGGUCGGGUUAGAACCGGGCCGGGCGGAGAACCUCGGCUCACAGGACGCAGACUGGAUGAUUAGCGGCAAAUACGCAGUGAUCCAGUUCUGCAGUCCACUCAGGGAGCAGCAACAGGGUUUAUAAAGAGGUCAUGAGAACGACAAUAACAAAUAAAAGCUGAUGUUAUAGAGAAAAUGGUAAUUAAAUAACUACAGUACAAUUUCUCUUCAUGUCUUACCAGGUGGCUGUGGUUGGUUUUCUGGAUUAUAUAUCCAGGUAGAUGUAACAGUGUGACACAAUAUAACUCAACUUACAGUACUGUGCAAAAGUCUUGACCCCCCGCCUUUAUUUUGCUAUAUUUUUCUUUUAAACCUCCAGACUUUCUUUUUUUUUUUUUUAAUUAAUGUUUUCUUAAACAUUGUUUUGUUUGUUUGUUAAGCCACACAGUGACCUAUGAAUCAUUAAAGCAUAAAAAAAACUUUUUUCUUUUUUAAUUUAAGGCAUAAACCAGUGAGAAUAUGUGUACAGAUCCGUUUGUCGCUUGUUUAUUCUGACUCUAUUAUACCUCCAGUACAGCAUAAUCCAUUGUGUUUAUUCAAUAUUAGAAUGUGCAAAAGUUUGUGCACCUCUGGUCAAAUGAUAUAAUUUACCUUCACUUUUUCUUGUUUUUUUUUUCUGAAUGGAACAGCAAACUACAGUACACUAGAGUGCAAAAGUCUUGGCUCCCCCUAAUUUCUUCAUAUUCUGCUUCUAAAGUUCGAGACUUUCUUGUAAACAUUCAAGCUUUAAAAAAAAUUAAUCUAACUUAAGGCAUGAACCAGUGAGAAAGGGCUGCAGAUGAUGACAGAUGAUCAGUAUACUGCUGAUGCUGAAUGCUGAGUGGAAAACGGACGAGAGGGGAAAUGAGGUCGCUGCUGUUGUCGCUGCAGAGGUUGUUACGUAAACUAGCAGUUUUCAGAUUGGCACUUGAGGCACUUUGCAGCCUGUUGCAGUAAUUACUAAUAUUACUAAUAUAAUUACUAAUAUUACUAAUAAUAAAAUUUCUUUGAUUUGAUCUACAUAAUUUAAUAUGGAGAAAUGAGGGGGAUCAAGACUUUUGCACAGUACUGUAUAUUUUGUUAUAUUUACAGAGAAAUGUCAGAAGGUAGAUGAAUCCAAAAUAGUGGCGGGGAGCACUCAAGAAA